CCGUGUCAGGUUUUGACAGCAGUCCAUUCACAGACGGCUCUUGCAGAAGGCAGCCUGCCCUGCUGCGACUCACUGCACUGGCCACUGGCUCUGUUUACUGGAAGCCUGCUCCGGUGUAUCAAGCAAGUCUCUCAAUGCUGUGAGCGGGAUCUUUUCCCAAACGCGAGACGCUGAAACUUUGCAGUACCAUUGAACCUCAUUCUCUCAUCCAGGGGAACUCGGCGCGGGUUGACGUCAACUGCGGUCUCCUUUUUUUCUGCAGAGAAUAGGUUUCACUGCCUGUUCGCUCUUCUUCCCCCUGUCUCUUCGGGUCUGGAUUGUUGCUUGGACUCCAGGCGAACAGGGGAGCAGAGAUUAAAUGCUCGAGCAGAACUGUUGAUGAGUUAAGACUGAGCAGUACCUUGCCAUGGAAGAGUGUGUCCGGUCUGGGGGAAUGUAUGGGCUGAAAGAGGGAACAGUUGCCUGAUAAAGCCCUAUCUGUCCCAGAUAAGUGGAGCAUGCAUCAGAACUGCAGAGCUUCUCUCUGCACUGCCUGCUGUCUUCUGAUCUGCAGAGGAGUUCCUGUUACAAGACUGCCAGCUUUCUACACACUGCCAUUGUCCAACUGAUUUUUUUCUGCCACUGACUUCAUCUUAUUUAUUGUGACUGUUUGCUCAGAAAGGUGAGAGGAUCAAGGAUGAACAUCUUUGAGAGCUGUUUGCCUGGACUUUAACCCCCAUUCAUCGCUACCAAAUCAUGCAGAGACCAUCCACACAAGGCACUAUGGCAUGCUCUCUGUGGAUUCUACCAACCUUCUGCUGGCUUAUCAAUGCAAUGGCCCUAAUACAGUCUUCAGAGGGGUUUAGCCGGGCUGCCCUGCCGUUCGGCUUAGUGCGGAGAGAGCUGUCUUGUGAGGGUUAUCCGAUCGACCUACGCUGUCCAGGAAGUGAUGUCAUCAUGAUUGAAAGUGCCAACUACGGCCGAACUGACGACAAGAUCUGCGACGCUGACCCCUUCCAGAUGGAGAACAUCAACUGCUAUCUCCCGGACGCCUACAAGAUCAUGUCACAAAGGUGCAACAAUCGAACCCAGUGCAUAGUGAUCACAGGUUCUGAUGUCUUCCCAGACCCCUGUCCAGGAACCUACAAAUAUCUGGAGGUCCAGUAUGAGUGUGUUCCCUACAAAGUGGAGCAAAAAGUUUUUGUUUGUCCUGGGACUCUGAAAGCUGUCGGAGAUCCUUCCUUUCUCUUUGAAGCGGAGCAGCAAGCCGGGUCAUGGUGCAAAGACCCUCUACAAGCCGGUGACAAAAUCUACUUCAUGCCUUGGACUCCUUACCGGACAGACACACUCAUUGAGUACUCUUCCCUCGACGACUUCCAAAACGCCCGGCAAACCAUCACGUACAAGCUCCCCCACCGGGUGGAUGGCACUGGAUUUGUGGUCUACGACGGGGCCGUGUUUUUCAACAAGGAGAGGACCCGCAACAUUGUAAAGUUUGACAUACGGACCCGAAUCAAAAGCGGCGAGGCCAUCAUCAAUAACGCCAACUAUCACGACACGUCACCCUACAAGUGGGGCGGAAAAACUGACAUCGACCUGGCCGUGGAUGAGAACGGCCUGUGGGUGAUCUACGCCACAGAGCAGAACAAUGGCAUGAUGGUUAUCAGCCAGUUGAACCCUUACACACUGCGCUUCGAGGCCACCUGGGAGACGACGUACGACAAGCGAUCUGCCUCCAAUGCCUUCAUGAUCUGUGGAGUACUCUACGUAGUGAGGUCCACAUAUGAAGAUAACGAGAGUGAAAUUAGCAAAAGCUUGAUAGAUUAUGUUUACAAUACCAAACAGAACCGUGGAGAGUAUGUGGAUAUCCACUUUCCCAACCAGUAUCAGUAUAUCGCAGCUGUGGAUUACAAUCCCAGAGAUAACCAGCUAUACGUGUGGAAUAAUUUUUACAUCCUGAGAUAUAAUCUGGAGUUCGGACCACCCGAUCCCGCUCACGCUACACCUCUCUCCGAAGCGACCUUGGCGCCGGCUGAGCCUCUCCGGACGACAACCACCACAGCAACCACCACGGCAGCACGCAACAAAGGCGUAGCAAACACCAUGACCACAACAGGGCCCAAGGAGGGUAACAACAGAGGAGAGCUCAAACCCCCUCCGGAGGUUCCCCAGACCACCGCCCCGCCGCCUCUGGAGUCCUUCCCCCUACCGGAGCGCUUCUGUGAGACCACGGAGAAGAGGGACAUCGUGUGGCCUCAGACCCAGAGGGGCAUGUUAGUAGAGAGGCCUUGCCCAAAGGGGACCCGAGGCACCGCCUCUUAUUUAUGUGUACUUGCCACGGGGGCCUGGCACCCAAAGGGCCCUGAUCUCAGCAACUGCACUUCCCACUGGGUCAACCAAGUAGCCCAGAAGAUCCGUAGUGGCGAGAACGCAGCUAACCUGGCCAACGAGCUGGCCAAGCACACCAAAGGGCCCAUCUUUGCCGGCGACGUGAGUUCGUCAGUCCGACUGAUGGAACAGCUGGUCGACAUCCUGGAUGCUCAGCUUCAGGAGCUGAGACCCAGCGAGAAAGACUCUGCGGGCCGCAGUUUUAACAAGCUUCAAAAACGAGAAAGGACAUGCAGGGCGUACAUGAAGGCCAUUGUAGACACAGUUGACAACCUUCUGAGACCAGAGGCUCUGAAGUCCUGGCAUGAUAUGAACAGCACGGAACAGACACAUGCUGCUACUAUGUUACUGGAUACCCUGGAGGAAGGCGCGUUCGUCCUUGCCGACAACCUAAUGGAGCCGGCUAUUGUGAAAGUACCUGCUGAUAAUAUAAUCCUGGAUGUGUAUGUGCUCAGCACGGACGGCCAGGUUCAGGAUUUCAAAUUUCCACAGGCCAGCAAGGGUGGUGUUUCUAUCCAGCUGUCCUCCAAUACUGUCAAGCUCAACAGUCGGAAUGGGGUUGCCAAGCUGGUGUUUGUUUUGUACAAAAACCUUGGGCAGUUUCUCAGCACUGACAACGCCACGAUCAAAAUGUCCAACGAUGCUUAUGGGCGGAAUGUGUCGGUGGCUGUAAAUUCGGACAUCAUUGCCGCCUCCAUCAACAAAGAGUCCAGUCGCGUGUUCAUCACGGACCCUGUGAUUUUCACCCUGGAACACAUUGAUAUGGACCACUACUUCAACUCCAAUUGCUCCUUUUGGAAUUAUUCUGAGAGGAGCAUGAUGGGAUACUGGUCCACCCAGGGCUGCAAGCUCCUGGGCUCCAAUAAGACCCACACCACCUGCUCCUGCAGUCAUCUCACCAACUUUGCAGUUCUCAUGGCACAUCGGGAAAGCUCGGGCCAAGAUGGAGUGCACAAGUUACUCUUGACUGUCAUCACCCGGGUGGGCAUCGUCAUCUCGCUGGUGUGCUUGGCCAUCAGCAUUUUCACCUUCUGCUUCUUCCGGGGCCUGCAGAGCGAUCGCAACACCAUCCACAAGAACCUGUGCAUCAAUCUCUUCAUCGCCGAGUUAAUAUUCCUAAUCGGUAUCGAUAUGACUGAACCCAAGAUUGGCUGUUCCAUCGUCGCUGGGAUUUUGCAUUUCUUCUUCCUGGCCUCAUUCUCCUGGAUGUGUUUGGAGGGCGUUCAGUUAUACCUCAUGCUGGUGGAAGUUUUCGAGAGUGAACAUUCAAGGAAAAAGUACUACUAUGUAUCUGGAUACCUUCUCCCAGCCAUUGUGGUGGGUGUCUCUGCUGCUAUUGACUACAGGAGCUACGGGACAAAGAAAGCUUGCUGGCUAAGAGUGGACAAUCACUUCAUAUGGAGCUUUUUAGGACCUGUCACCUUCAUCAUCAUGCUCAAUCUCAUCUUCCUGGUCAUCACCAUGUACAAAAUGGUGAAGCACUCCACUACUCUGAAACCAGACUCCAGCAGAUUGGAGCACAUCAAUAAUUAUCGUGUUUGUGACGGCUACUAUAAUACCGAUUUGCCUGGCUAUGAAGAUAAUAAACCAUUUAUCAAAUCUUGGGUCCUGGGGGCGUUUGCACUGCUUUGCCUGAUGGGACUCGCGUGGUCGUUCGGCUUGUUCUUUAUCAACGAGUCCUCUGUGGUGAUGGCCUACCUCUUCACAAUAUUCAACACCUUCCAAGGAAUGUUCAUCUUAAUUUUCCACUGCAUUCUCCAGAAAAAAGUCCGUAAAGAGUACAUCAAAUGUUUCCGCCACACAUAUUGCUGUGGUGGCUUACCAACGGAGAGCUCACACAGCUCAACAAAGACCUCUACCACAAGGACAAGUGCACGCUACUCCUCGGGCACACAGAGCCGUAUCAGGAGAAUGUGGAAUGACACCGUAAGAAAGCAAUCUGAGUCCUCCUUUAUCUCAGGUGACAUCAACAGCACCUCCACCCUUAACCAAGGAAUGACGGGCAAUUAUCUACUAACAAACCCUCUUCUUCGACCACAAGGCACUAACAACCCUUAUAACACCUUACUGGCUGAAACAGUCGUAUGUAACGCUCCCACGGCUCCAGUGUUUAACUCUCCAGUGACCUACAGAGAGACAAGACACACACACACACUGAACCAUCCCAGGGACACCAGUGCAAUGGAUACUCUACCGCUAAAUGGUAACUUUAACAAUAGCUACUCGCUUCGCAAUGGGGACUACGGCGACAGUGUGCAGGUGGUGGACUGUGGACUCAGCCUGGACGACGCAGCCUUUGAAAAAAUGAUAAUAUCGGAGCUGGUGCACAACAACCUACGGGCUUGCAACAAGAGCCACAACCACCACGUGGAGAGUGGGGCUCCUCUUCCUCCAUUGUCCAAGAAGGUGCACGUGGUGGGCGGGAGCAGCAGGGAAGAUGACGCCAUCGUGGCUGACACCUCAUCUUUGGUGCACAGCCACAAUAUCAACACACCGGUGGGCCUGGGCAUAGAGCUGCACCACCGGGAGCUGGAGGCCCCACUCAUUCCCCAGCGGACUCACUCACUUCUGUACCAGCCGCAGAAGAGAGUGAAGACCACAGAGGGGGGCUUGGAGAGCUAUGUCAGCCAGCUCACGACCGACGAGCACGAAGACAGCCUGCAGUCCCCAAACAGAGACUCUUUGUACACUAGUAUGCCUACCCUAAGGGACUCCCCAUACACCGAGAGCAGCCCCAAUGCGGAGGAGCUGGAGGACCUCUCGAGCCCCUCUAAGAGGAGCGAGAACGAGGACGUUUACUACAAGAGCAUGCCUAACUUAGGAGCAGGACACCAGCUCCAAGCGUACUACCAAAUAAGUAGAGGAAACAGUGAUGGUUACAUUAUCCCUAUUACAAAAGAGGGCUGCAUCCCUGAAGGAGAUGUACGGGAAGGACAGAUGCAGUUAGUGACAAGCCUUUAAAAUAUAUUUCAAUCAUCGUCCCCUGUCUGCAUUCCCGACCUCCUCGAGGACAAACAGUACUGUACUCUGAGACAUACACACACACUCGCUCAUCUCCCCCCAGACUUGCCACACCCCAUUCUCCUCACAAACCAACAGACUUAAGGGCACUGCGAUGGCAGUGCAACAUUACCCCGACCGCUGGAGUGGAGUUUUAAACAGACUGUAUAUAAAAUGCAGAGUUCAAUUUAAGACACAUACCAAUUCUGUAUUUAAUUAUUCUGCUGCUGUUGAAUAAAAAAAAAAAGAUAUAAAAAACGAUUUAAAAAAUGUUAUCGGCCACUCCAGUUCAGCUGUUUUUUUCCGGCCAAAGGUUGUACAUACACUCCCACCAUCCUUGUCAAGCCUGUUUCGUAUUAUAUACAAAAUGAAGCUCUCAGACCAGGAUUUAUUUGUUUGGUGGUGUUCCUGAUCAGACUAUUAAUUAGGAAUAUAAGGUCCUGGAUCCUAGAGUUGUCCCCAUCACCGUGAAGGUUGGAUUAACCACUAGCAAUCAAGCCCCAGGCCUUAUAUUUUCUCAAUUGAGCUGUUGUCAAGGGAAAUGGCUAAAUGAAUAUAUAUUUUGUUGUAUUGCUAGUGUAAAAUAAAAUUCAUGGAAACCGUAAAUAUAAAGAAACCUUUUAAUUGAAAAUGUAACAUUUGAAGAUAAUAUUGUGUAAAGGUUGCACAUAUGUUAUAAAAUGUAUUUAUUGUUCUUACACAUCGUUCAUUAUAGGAUGUUUGAACAAAAAAAUCUGAUGAAAACAAAAUAAGUCUACAAAGACCAAGGUUAAUGCAUACCUACUUUUUCCACUUGUGAAGAGUGUUUUUGCAUACUGAAUUCAUAUACAGUAUGUUGUCCAUUGAAAUUAUAUGAUUUGAUAUAGCUAAAAGGUAGUUAUUUUAGUAAAGUGGGAAUAAAACCUAUGAAUACCCUAAGAAAGUCAUGCCAUACAAUUAUUUUGUGUGAAUCUGAUUUAAAUAAUCAAAUCGGAUAAACAAUCAUGACAUUGAAAUGGGCCACUCAAGACUAACAGCCACUCGAGAUAAAAAAAAAUUACCAUAACGUUUUGAUUCAUUAUAAAUGUAUUUCUUCUGCCUGGGUAUGGACAUUUAUUUAUUGAAAUAUUUUCAAAAGAUUAUACAUUGGAAAAUGUGGUAAUAUUUUCCAGCACUGGUAUACAUAGUCCUUCUUUUUAUGUAAACAUGUUAUUAAGGGGCCCAUCAAUAAAGACUAAUGUAAAGUUCAACACUUGUUUAACAAAUAAAUAAAUGUGAGAUUUUUUGGUAAAAUGCCAGUUGUUUUAUUAAUGUACCAUUGGAGAAGUUAUAGGUUUGAUUAUUUUGCUAUGGACAAAAUACACUUUUGACUCAAGUUAUGAGUACAUCCCAAGCACCUUGGAAGGUUAUCAGUGAUAUAUUUUCAGAGGGAUUUCUUUGCUUUUGUUUUCUAUCAAAGACAUUGCCUAUUAGUCAAGCUCAUUUCACCUUAUGUGUUGAUAAGCCAAAUCUUUCCAUGUGAUUAAAUGAUGAGAAACUCAGGUAGGAAAAUUACAUUUUAAAUGUUCCUCUGUGUGGUUGUAACACUCCAAUAAAAGUUCAAUAAUUACACCGGU